AUGGGUGCUGCAGGUGGAGGAUGGUCUAACGAAGCCAUAAAAAAGGUUCCUGUCCCAGCUCGCCGAGGCUAUGUCUGGCUUGCUGCUAUCUGGGCCUCUUAUUGUGGUGGUCUCCAUGGUUUCAAUACAGCUAAUAUCUCGGGAACCAUGAGUUUGAAGCCAUUCAUAAGGGACUUCGGAUGGUCAGAUCUUCCCUCGGAAACGAUAUCUGAUUAUUCAGGAUGGGUCGUCUCCUCGAUGCUUCUUGGACAAAUUCUCGGGGUCUUGAUGUCAGGCCCUUUAGGUGAACGGCGCGGUCGCAAAUAUGUCAUUAUCUCUGCCGCCAUCUUUUACUCCAUCGGCGCCAUUUUGAUGGCUGCCAACUUUGGCUCGCUGGUUGAGCUGCUUGUCGGGAGAGUCAUGUCUGGCAUUGGCUCGGGCCUGGGAAUGACAGUCGGACCCAUUUAUAUAUCAGAAAUCGCCCCUACAGAAAUGCGUGGAAUGAUGACGACAUUCUAUAACAUCAACAUUAUGGGUGGGGUGGCUGGAAGUUACUGGAUCAAUUACGCCUCAUACGAGCAUAUAUCUCCUGAAAACAGUUGGCAAUGGCGGGCUACGCUGGUCCUUCAGUUGAUUCCUGCCAUUGUUCUCUUCAUCGGUUUCCCCUUUUUCCCGGAAAGUCCCCGUUACUUGAUGAUGCGGGGACAAAUUGAAGCUUCCAGACAAAGUCUUUUGAAAAUUCGUGGCCUGCCAGAAACCGACUCUUAUUUCAGUCGUGAAUACGACGAAAUCAGAGGCCGCGUUGAUGCAAAUGCCGAGAUCCAGUCUGCCUGGCAAUCCACGAAGUCGCUUUUGGGCACUUGUGUCGCGGACCCCUCGACUCGCAAGAUGCUUUUAUUCGUGAUGAUUGUCCAAACAUUCUUCAUCAUGACUGGUGGCAACUCGAUCACCUAUUAUGCCCCAACUAUCCUGAAGUCCAUCGGCUUGGAUUCGGCUCAGGUCCUUCUAUUCUCGGCCAUCUAUGGUAUGAUCAAAGUAUUUAGCAUGCUUUUCUACGCAUUCUAUCUUACCGAUCGUUUCGGUCGGCGUCCGUUAUUGCUUAUCGGCUCCGCAAUGAAUACCGGCUGUUUGAUAUACCUCGCUGCUUAUCUCGGUGUCGCCGACCUCUCUAAACCAGGCAGUCCCUCACCAGCUGCAUGGGUGGCCAUCGUUGCGAUCUGCAUCUUUGCUGUUGGAUAUGCGUUUGGCUGGGCCCCUGUUUUCUCUCUUACUGCCUCUGAGAUUUGUCCUACUUCGACUCGUGGAACAGUAGUGACGAUUUCCUUUAUCUAUCAAAAUUUGCUGAAUUUCGGCAUCACUCGUGGAUUCCCGAGUAUGACCCAGGAUAUGCACGCUUGGGGGCCCUUUGCACUAUUCGCCGCUUUCACUGGCUGUGCUACUGCAUGGGUCUUUGUUGGCUUUCCAGAAUGUAAGGGACGAAGCAUGGAGAGCGCUGGAGAUUUGUUCUUCCUGCCUUGGUAUAAAAUUGGCUUUUCUAAGGCUCCCACCUUUGAGCAGCAGGCUGCUGAGAGAGUUGUUGAUUUGGAGAAAGCAUCAUGCAGUGAACACCAGGAGGAUAUUGCUGCAGAAGAGUGUAAACGGGGAUAA